AUGUCUUCUGCAGAGAUUUGGGGUACGCUGAUCAAUCCCGACAAAAGCCCAGCCCCACUACUGGAGCACCUGUGCCUGGGGAUCGCGCAAUUGCUGCCUACAUUUGACUCUAACGGGACUACGGAUAUCACCCCCGAGCGACUGGCGAGCUUCUAUCGCAAAGUCGGCGGGAACUACGACCCUUUAUUCCUCGAGACCAAGUCGCAGGCUUUGUCUUUCAUCUAUCAGUCAUUAGGAUGCUUUCACAGUCUCCAACCCUCCUCAAAUCCCUACGAGCCUCCCUCAGUUCCCUCUUUGCUCCCAAAUGGCUUUGUCAGAUGGCAGACAAUCCAGCUGCUGAUGGACCCGGACGAACAUUCACAGUAUCUACAAAAUGCUGUCAGUCUGUGGGAUAUUCCAGAUGCAGAUGGUCAUAUUCUUCCCAAAACCAUUCCUAGAGAUGCUUUUCCCUCUGAGCCAGACCCGGAAAUGUUGCAGUGGCAUGAAGGUGUGAGUCGACGACUAGAGCACGAUUACUUGAAAAGACACUCGAAGCGCGCAUCGCCUCCAGACUUUGCAACAUACCAUUAUCACUUCAGUGGAAAAGACCCGCUGCCAGAUGAAGAUGACUAUUUCCGCUCUCCGCGACGUAGUGAAUCAAAACGUCAAAGUCGUGCGGAUGCUGACAGAGCCGAGAGGGCUGGUAGAGCUGAGAGAGCUGACAGAGCUGAUAGAGCUGACAGAUCUGGACAUCGUCAUCGACGUCCCAGUCCUAGUGCAGAGCACUCUUCAUUCAUGGGACAUAGACCAGGCGUUCGGUCAGGGUAUUCAACUCCGCGAGUUUCAUCUCCACCCCCAUGGCCUGAGCGUCCGCCCCGCUCAAGGGGUCGAGACCAUGCCACUUUCCAGAGUCACCCGCUUAGCCCCGGAACUGGCAAGAUGCCGGAUGUUUCAGAUAUAUCGUCCGACGAGUCUCACCGUAAGGCCGAGGAGCGUGCAGCAAAGCACCGUCCUCGCGAGCGACGCAACCUAUCACCCCCUUCUAGCAGCAGUGCCAGGAGACAUUCCCACGAGGCAUACACACGCAGACCGGUGCGAGAUCUCUCACCAUCAGCACCGCGAGGUCAGCGUCGUAGUCAUGAAAGCCACUCCUCAAGAUCUAGCCGAUCUAGCCGAUCCCAUCCCGAGUCUUCACCCAGAGUGCACACCAAAGACCGCUCCCGCUCAAGAGCCGGAGCGGGAGUCAAGUUCCGCGAUUUCAUAUUCGGCGAAUCCGUCCCAGCCCCAGCAGCCCCAGACCCACCUCUUUACAGAGCACCAUCACCGCCCCCACCCCGAGCAGUCCCCCGCCAUCUAGAUCCCUACGCCGCAGAGGAAAUGAGACGAGGAAGCUACAGCGGUGGAAGCACAGGCGGCAGCCGACCAGGUAGUGGAGGCAGCGGAUCCGAAAGGCCAAGAUCAUACAGUAGUGCAGGAUUCCAUCGUGCCUCAGGCUGGGCCAGCCCAAGAAGCGCUGCUGCAAAGCGAUACACUCCAGAAACAGUGCACGAAGAUCCAGGAUAUGUUCCUUCGCGCAGAGUGCCGAUCUAUGAAUGA